AUGAAGGGCCAGAAGAUACCAUCUCUUCUCCUCUGUUUACUCUCCAUAUGUGCUACAACUUGGGGUAGCGAGGAACAAGAAACAGUAACAGGACUGUUUGCUAAGGAUGUCAUCCUUCCUUGUCCUUUUCCACCUGGUGAUGAUGAAGUAAUUUACUGGAAGAAAGAGGACAACGAUGUACACAGCUACUACUACAGGAGGGAUUAUCUGGAAAGCCAACACCUGGAUUACAGAAACAGAACUCACCUUUUUCAUGAGAAUAUUCCUCAUGGAAAUGCCUCCUUGAAACUUAGUAACCUGACCUUGACUGAUGAGGGCCUUUACCUUUGCUAUGUGGGAACACAACAAACUAAAACAGAAGUGGAAGUUGAGCUGCACGUGCGAGUUUCCUCAUAUUAUGCGCUGGAAUACCAAAAGAACGACACAGAAAGGAUGCUGACAUGCUCUGCCUUCCUUACAUAUCCAGCACCAAAUAUAACUUGGGUAAAAGGCAAUAUAUCCAUCCAAGAAACAGGUUGGGAGGAAACCAGGGAUGGCAUUCUCUAUUCUCUUAGAAGUCACCAGAGCAUUAUAAACACAUCUGAUCCUUACUCCUGUCAUAUUCAUCUCCCUCACGAGAAGUGGACUGCUGAAUGGAGGAUGCAAGACCAACUGUCAAAAGCAAAAGGAAGUAGCGUUUCCAUUACUUGUGAAUACAGCAGUGACACUUCACACAGAGAGGGCGUCAGCGUUGUCUGGAUACUAAACAGAAAUUCAGUGAUCUCAGUCCUGGCCACCUUCAAUGGUACAUCUCACUCUUACCAGCCUCGAGUCCAGAUUAACCAAAGUGACUAUUCACUGUUAUUGAGGGAUCUUACCGCAAAUGACAGUGGAGAAUAUCUCUGUAACAUUUCAUCACCUCACUACACAAAACUUACUGUGAGAACUUUGCAAGUUGAACAUUCAGAUAACACUUGGAUAGUUGUGACAGCAGUGGUCAUUGUACUGGUGGUGAUAGUACUGGCGGUGAUAGGAGUCUAUGUCUAUGUCAAGAGAGAAUCAGGACCACUAUAAGAUACAGCGGAUCAGGAAUACUAUAAGCACCUUGACA